CGCGUCUCCCUCCGAAGCAUUUCAACGAACAGUUGGGAUACAUUCACAACCGCCGCCCCUCCCUCUCUCCGGGCACCGCCCUCCGAUAACGGCCGGCCGUACCUUAAUCUCCUCUUCGUCUUUUCGGGGCGUAGAAAAUGGAUGUUCGCCGGCACCCACUCCGUCAGCCCAGGCCGACCUCCGCCGGCGGCGGACAUCUCAAGCCCCACCACCACCACCCUGCCCCGCCCAAACCCUCUGACGCGCUCCCCGUGCCUCUCUACCUCACUAACGGCAUCUUCUUCACGCUCUUCUUCUCCGUCGCCUACUUCCUCCUCCACCGCUGGCGCGAGAAGAUCCGCAACUCCAUGCCCCUCCACGUCGUCACGCUCUCCGAGCUCGCCGCCGUCGUAACCCUAAUCGCUUCUGUGAUCUACCUCCUCGGCUUCUUCGGAAUCGACUUCGUCCAGUCCGUCCUCACCGGUCGCACUUCCCACGAGGCAUGGGACGUCGACGACGAGACCGCCGAGCGAUUCAUCCUCGACGAGGACCGCCGCCGGGGCCCUUGUGCCGCUGCCGCCGACUGUUCGCCUGUUCCCAUCCCGCCGUGCAAGGUGGCGGAGCAGCCCCCGCAGACGUCCGAGGAGGAUGAGGAGAUUGUCAAGUCGGUGGUCGCCGGGACGACGCCGUCGUACUCGCUGGAGUCGAAGCUCAGGGACUGCAAGAGAGCGGCGGCGAUACGGCGGGAGGCGCUGCAGAGAAUAACCGGCAAAUCUCUGGCGGGGCUUCCAUUAGAGGGGUUCGAUUAUGAGUCGAUUCUGGGGCAAUGCUGCGAGAUGCCGGUGGGUUACGUGCAGAUUCCAGUAGGCAUCGCGGGGCCGCUUUUGCUGGACGGGAGGGAGUACUCGGUGCCAAUGGCCACGACGGAGGGGUGCCUGGUGGCGAGCACCAACAGGGGCUGCAAGGCCAUCCACUUGUCCGGCGGCGCCACCAGCGUCUUGCUCAGGGACUGCAUGACCCGGGCCCCAGUAGUCCGGUUUGCGGCCGCGGCCAGGGCCGCAGAGUUGAAGUUCUUCUUGGAAGAUCCCUUGAACUUUGACACCAUUGCUCAUGUUUUCAACAAAUCGAGCAGAUUUGCGAGGCUACAAGGCAUUCAAUGUGCAAUUGCUGGGAAGAAUCUGUACAUGAGGUUUAGCUGCAGCACUGGAGAUGCCAUGGGGAUGAAUAUGGUCUCUAAAGGAGUCCAAAACGUCCUUGAUUUCCUGCUCAAUGAUUUCCCUGACAUGGAUGUUAUCGGCAUUUCCGGAAACUUUUGCUCGGAUAAGAAGCCAGCAGCUGUGAACUGGAUUGAAGGGCGGGGGAAGUCGGUUGUAUGUGAGGCAAUCAUCAGGGAGGAGGUUGUGAAGAAGGUCUUGAAGACCAACGUGGCUGCGCUGGUGGAGCUUAACAUGCUGAAGAACCUCGCCGGCUCUGCCAUAGCUGGUGCUCUUGGCGGGUUCAAUGCUCACGCCAGCAACAUUGUCUCUGCAGUGUACAUAGCCACUGGCCAGGACCCUGCUCAGAAUGUCGAGAGCUCCCACUGCAUCACCAUGAUGGAAGCCGUUAACGAUGGCAAGGACCUUCACGUCUCUGUCACCAUGCCUUCCAUUGAGGUGGGUACGAUUGGAGGUGGCACCCAACUGGCAUCCCAGUCGGCUUGCCUGAACCUGCUCGGGGUGAAGGGCGCGAGCAAGGAGCCGCCGGGAUCAAACUCGAGGUUAUUGGCCUCCAUUGUAGCUGGUUCUGUUCUUGCCGGGGAGCUAUCCCUAAUGUCAGCCCUGGCUGCAGGCCAGCUUGUCAGGAGUCACAUGAAGUACAACAGAUCCAGCCAAGACGUUACAAAGGUACCAUCCUAAUUGCUGAAAUGAAAACAAGUCACCCUUGUAAUUUACCUGUAUUGUAUGUGUGGUGGCCCCAAGAAAGAGGGCCUUAAGAAAAAUCUAGCAUAGAAAUAAGGUCUCUCAAUGAAGAAAAAUAGGAAGAUUAAUGGAAAAAUUAAAAAAAAUAAAAAAGACAAAGCAGAUGGUGGAGAGAAAUGCAGAAGAACUCAACCAAAAAAAAAACCUGUUAAGUGUCUGUAAUUGUAAUUUUUAUAAGCAGAGAGAGAGAGAGGCAUGUGAAGUGUGGACUCUUUCAAAGAUGCAUUAAAAGUAAGGCUAAAAGCCUCCCAUUGUUUAGAAA